UCACCUUUCAUCUUACUCGACCCAACUCCCUACUAGGACAAAGAAUGCACCGUCGUCGUCCAAAUGCUCUUUGGCCGCAACCAAUUCCAGACCUACAGAGAGUGUCACUCAGAGAGGAAGCUCGCAACCUCGCGUUUAACGCUCUGUGCUGCCUCACAAUAGUGGUUUGGCUCCUCAUCUAUCUUUUUCAAUACCUUAUCGCUCCAUGGCAUGACGUCUCCAAGAGACAAAUCGCGCUGUACCUAUUGCUCAUCUGCAACUCUCUGAGCUCGAACUGGAACUUAGCCAUGCUCACGUUCAAACUCUUCACGGACGCCGGUUAUGUGCCACACCAAGCGUGCCCUAUCUUCCCUGACGGCUCGAAGCCCCUCCACGACCUCGCGAUUACUCUGCUUGCGGGCACGUACUUCGUCAAGAGGCGCGCGGCGGACUGGCCCUCCGCUGUAACCUCCGCGUACAGGCGUCUCCGUAGUCAGAUGCCCGACACGACGGAGCUGAGCGAGGGACGUCGUAUCCCGCGGGCCAACUGA